AGAUCAAAUGUCAACAUGAGUAAUUUUGCAACAAUUCCAUUACAAAAGUGAAAACAAUAAAAAUGUAAUUUUUUAAUUAAAAUCCAUCGUCUUAGUUUAAUUAUUAUGAUCGAUAGGAUGACUCCCUUUCGCAGAAAGAAAAAUGCCAAAUCGUUUCCGGUCAAAGUUUGCACCCUCGAUGCGGAAUUGGAAUUCAAUUUGGAGUGGAGAGCAACUGGAAGAGAUCUUUUCGAGCUAGUUUGUAGGACAAUAGGCUUAAGAGAAACUUGGUAUUUCGGACUACAGUAUGAAGAUUCCAAGGGAUUCAUAUCAUGGCUAAAACUAGACAAAAAAGUGCAAGAUCAAAGCAUUCAGAAAAACCACCAGACGUCAUCAUUUAUGUUCCUUGCCAAGUUCUAUCCAGAAGAAGUUGCAGAAGAACUAGUACAAGAGGUGACUCAACACCUGUUUUUUUUACAAGUUAAACAGGCGAUCCUUUCUAUGGAUAUUUAUUGUCCUCCGGAAGCUUCAGUAUUAUUAGCUAGUUAUGCAGUUCAAGCAAAGUUUGGUGAUUUUGACGAAGACACUUAUAAACCUGGAAUGCUUGCUAGCGAAGAUCUUUUACCUCAGAGGGUUAUUGAUCAGUAUCAAAUGACUUUGGAAAUGUGGGAGGAAAGGAUCAGAGUAUGGUAUGCUGACCAUAGAGGUAUGUCUCGAGAUGAAGCUGAAAUGGAGUAUCUAAAAAUUGCUCAGGACUUGGAUAUGUAUGGUGUAAACUAUUUUCCUAUACAGAACAAAAAAGAGACUGAACUAUGGUUAGGUGUGACAGCCCUCGGCCUGAACAUAUAUGAAAAAGAAAACAAGCUACAACCAAAAACUACGUUCACAUGGAGUGAAAUAAGACACAUCAGCUUCGACGAUAAGCGUUUUAUUAUUAAACCUGUAGAUAAAAACUCUCCAAAUUUCGUGUUUUUCAGUCACAAAGUUAGAAUGAACAAAUUGAUUUUAGAUUUAUGUAUGGGUAAUCACGAUCUAUUUAUGAGAAGACGAAAGCCGGACUCGAUGGAACUGCAACAAAUGAAGGCGGCCGCUAAGGAGGAGAAACAGAGGCGGCAAGUGCAAAGAAAUCGACUGGCCAGAGAAAAACAAUUGAGAGAAGAGGCGGAACGGGAUAGGGCGAAUAUGGAGCAACGAUUGUUGCAAUAUCAAGAGGAAAUUCGCCUGGCAAACGAGGCGCUUCGGAGAUCUGAAGAGAGUGCAGACUUAUUGGCGGAGAAAUCUCGCGUGGCCGAGGAGGAAUCCGCUUUGCUGAGCCAAAGGGCCGCCGAAGCCGAACAAGAAAUCGCCAGGCUGAGGCUCACGGCAAUGAGAAGGGAUGAGGAAAAAGUUACACUGGAAAGGAAGACGAGGGAAGCGGAGUUACUAACUGCAAGAUUGGUGGAGGAAUCCGAAAAAAGGGCAGCUGAAGCCAAUCGGUUAAAAGAGGAAUUACUGAAGGCUAGAGCAGCUGAGAAACAAGCCAAAGAAAAACUGUUGGAUUUUUUAAGUCGCAGUACCCUGAACGGGUCUGCGUCGCCCACCUCGCCUAUAUCUUCUGUUACUACGUUAUAUUCCGCGCCAUUGUCGCCAAACAACGUUCGUUCCGAACUAUCCCUGCUGGAUAACGAUUCGACCCACACGCCCGACUUUAAUCUGAACCUAAACUCGUACGAUCUCAUCGCCCACGGAGAUGCGGAUCAGUUAUCGUUAGAAAUCGAAAAAGAACGGGUCGAGUACCUGGAAAAGUCAAAACACUUACAAAACCAACUAAGAGAACUGCGUACCGAAAUAGCGGUGCUCAAAGUUUCCGAUAAGGCGUCCGAAUACGAUCAGUUACACGACGAACAAGUUAAAUUAGGUGAAAAUAAGUAUUCCACCUUAAAAAAAAGCAAAAGUGGCAGUACAAAAAGUAGAGUUGCAUUUUUUGAGGAAUUGUAGCUUGCGCAAAUGUAUGGAAUCUGUUUUGUACAUAUCGCCAUCCAGUUAUAAGAAUUUUAACCAAUUUCCAGUGCGUUAUACAACAAUAUUUAUAGUGCCUUAAUAACUUACCUGAGUGAUUUGUCUUAAUAAUGAUAAAGACUGUCUCGAGUCGACGUAGAGUCACUUACGGAAAGUUUGUAACAAGAUUCGCUCCAUUUUUAGGUUUUAAACAUAGUUUAAGUGAUAAAGAAGCACCUGUUACGAUGAUGCCUGAAAUGACACUUUAUUAUAUUAUACAUAAAAGAGAUAUUAAAAUAUUUUUAAAGAA